UCCAUCAAUUGAUCUCAAAUCAAAUUUAUCUAGUUUGUUCUCAAUCGAUAGAGCCUUAAUUGGCCUUGAAGAUGAAGUUUAACGUACAUAGAGUUCGAUUUGUGGAGUAUGUACCUCAGGCAAUUCACUGCAUGGCAUUUGAAGACACUGACGAGCCAUGCAGACUUGCUCUGUCAAGGGCAGAUAGCAGCAUAGAAAUAUGGAAUUUCAAAGACAAUUGGUAUCAGGAAACAGUGGUUCCAGGAUGUAAAGACACUUCAGUGGAGACACUUGAGUGGUGUAAAGGGAGACUGUUCAGUGGAGGUUUGCAUGCAGAAAUCGCUGAAUGGGAUCUCGUCAGCUUGCGUCCAAAGGUCACAGUUGAUUCCUUUGGAGGAGCAGUGUGGUGUUUGUCUGUUAACCAUGCAAGAACCCAUAUAGCAGUUGGCUGUGAAGACGGUCGAGUGAGACUGUUUGAAAUCACUGCUGAUGGUUUGAAUUACAGCAAAUCACUGGAUCAACAAGAUGGCAGAGUGCUGUGUCUUAGUUGGCAUCUGAGUGAUAGUACCCUAGUUACAGGAGCCUCUGAUAGUACAGUGAGAUUGUACAAUGUAACAUCAGGUCACUGCACUUUAAGGAUAACAGUGGAUGAAUUUCAAUCCAGAAGCACUCUAAUAUGGGCCAUACACAUAACAAGAAAUUUUGUGAUAAUUACAGGAGACUCACUGGGAAAUACUCAAUUUUGGGAUGGCCAGCAAGGAACACUAAUUCAGAGUUUCAAAGCACAUCUGGCUGAUGUACUCACUGUUUGUGUUAAUGAGGAGGAGAACAUGGUUUUUAGUGGAGGCAUAGACAGUAAGAUUGUUCAGUUUCAACAAAUUCCUAACAAGGAUGGUGUAUUAAACUGGGUGAAAGCUGCUUCCCAGCGUAUGUUUUCACAAGAUGUCCGUUGCCUUGUUACACUAGGUGGAAAUCAUGACUUGUUGGUGUCUGGAGGAUUGGAUCCUAGCUUUUUCCUUUAUUCCACUAAAGAGUUUGGCAGAUCAAGUUAUGGCAAAGUUGCAUCAUUCCCACAUAGACCAGUGGUUUACUUAGCAUCAGAAGCAAACGUUCUGAUGUAUCAAACGACCAGUACUUUACAGUUCUGGACACUUCAAGAAUCAGUGGGUGACACAACCAAUGCAGUUCAGAAGACUCCAGCACAGUUUCUAGAAAUAAGGAAGAAAGGUGAUCAUCAUAUUGUGUGCAGUGCUGUGUCUGCGUGUGCCUGUUGGGCUGCAUUUUCUGAUGUUUACCAUAUCAGUUUAUUCAAGCUGAAUUCGAAUAAAGAAGGGAAAUCUCAUGUGACUGUCACAAAAGUUUUGCCGUUGCCUAUUCAUUUGUUACCAGCUCGUGGAUUAGUAUUCUCUCCUGACAGUUCAAAGUUGAUUUCUGCAACAAGUCAAGGUUCAGUUCAGAUCUUGGACCUGAGUGAAGAACCUUCUCUUAGCUACACGUUAAGCGUUGCUCAACGCGAUAAAGGUUUAGCAGCGGUUAAUCUUGUGGCUGUCAGCAGUGACUUGCACUGGUUAGCAUGCGCUGAUUAUAACAAUACCUUAACUGUAUUCAGCCUCACGAAAAUGAAGGUAAAAUGUACUUUACCCCACUUGGAAUCCCGUGUGACUUCAUUAGCAUUCCAACCCAAAACAAAUUUUCUUUCUGUAGUCUGCUGCAAUAAUCAGGUGUAUCUGUUCAAACCAUCCAGUGGAAAGUUAACCAAGUGGUCGAGACGAGCGUUAGAACAUGGACUGCCCAAACAGUGGACUACUCGCCGAUCUCAAGUGAUAAGCAUUCAAUUUAAUCCUUCAUGUCAUGAAGUUAUGCUCUUACAAGAUCACAACAUGUUUACUCUCCUCGAUCUUAAAGAGCCGUUACCAGAUACAGAGGUCUGUUUAUAUGAUACCAAGUUAGUACAACAGAAAAGAAAGCAAUCAACAUGUAGAGAUGUAGUCGAACAAGAUUUGAAACAGGCCGCCUUCAAAGUCUGUAGGAAAUAUUCGCCUCUGCUCUUCGCAGGUUUCACAAAGGACAGUUCUUUAGUAGUGGUGGAAAGACCUUGGCAAGCCAUGGUGGAGAUGUUCCCUCCGCCACUGUAUCGCAAGAAGUAUGGAACGUAACCAAUUUUCUUUUGCUGUUACAUCGCUGUAGACUCAGUGCACUAAAUUUCAUCUGAGGAGCUAUUGAGAAGCCGGUCACAUCGUCUCAAGAUAUUCAAUCUUCCAAGUGCUAGCCGUACAUGGAGUCUCCAAGGCAACGAGAAACCACACCUCUUGACACGACACCAAGAAAAUUAGAAUGGAGAAGAAUUACAUGAGACACAUUUAACACUUGCAUAAGAUUGUCCUGGUUCGUAGUAAAAGUAAUACUUGCUGAAAACGCUGAUACUGGUGGUUUUUGGGGCCAAGUUAAUGUUGCAGGAAGUGCAAUCAGUCAAUGACAAUUAACGUGAGACAAAAAAAGAGCAAAGGAUCGAUGGCGAUCAACAGUCCAUAGUCGACUACAGUCAUACACUAAAGACAAUUGUUUUCUAUUAAUAAAAAUCGAAUUUGUUGUUAACAUU